AUGCGCCGUUCAAGGCCGAGCAAGGCACCACGAGUCUCUCGCCUCUCUGCACGCCAAGUCAAUGUUUCGGCUGACGCAAGGAGCUUGCCAGUCGCAUUGCGACCCAAUUCAACACCCGCGCCUCCCGCACUGUCCCGAAUCUUUCGACGCAACGCCAUCGUGCUCAAGCCCAUCAUGAGACCAAAACACGUCAGUGCAGAGCGGAUGAUGCCGCCGAGUAAGACCAUCGCGGCACCUGGCACGGCUAUACAGACUCUGCGCCCCGCGUCGGCACUGCAAUCCGCCCUGUUCCUCGCUGUCCGCGGCGGCCACGUUGCACACGCACCGCCGACUCUGAAGCAGAAAGCUCGCCAUGAACCCCAGCCCGAAGAAUUCCAGACCCCUGCCCGUGGUCCAAAACAGUGUCAGCGAUCCACCUCGAUUGCUCGUUCAGCCGGCCUGGCGGUUGCCAUCUGGACCUCUACGCGAUCGGGACUAGCGCAGGACCCAGACCCUGGCGGUCCAGUCGCAGUCUGCUCAGGCUACGAGCGCGCUCAGGGUGAAGGGACAUACGAUUCGGAUUCGGGGAUUGGCCAGGACGGUGCAAAAGCUGCAUCUUGGCUUGCAGGGCCAGCCUCGAAAUCCCCCUUGCAUCUCGGUGUCAUCGCUCUGUACCGUUCUGCGCAAUCCCGCAUUUUGGACCCCUCUUCGCACUUCAUCCCCUCCUCCUCGUUCACCGUCUUCCCCUCUUCAUCAGACCUUGGCACCGUUUCGUCAUCCCUCAUCCUCGCAUCCAUCCUCCCCAUCCACGCACUUCGACCAUACCCGGGCAUUCAUUUCGCCUCUCGACAUCAUUCCGCCUCGAAUCAACUGGUCUUGUACCGCGCCACCGACACUGACCACCGCCGUACCACUCGCGGCAUCACUUGCGUCCAUUUGCCCAUCCCCCGUCAAUUCAGGCAAGCGGAGCAGACGCAUCCUGCUGCUUUGGCAAACGCCAUGUCUGCCGUUGCCACUCGUCGCGCUUCCUUGACUCCAUCCUCGCCAGGUUCGCGUCGAGGGUCCUGGGUCGACGUCCCUAUUGUCAGCGCGCCCUCCUCACGUCGCGGUUCGCGUGUCGACCUGACCAUCAACACCACCGGUUCGACCAGCGUCGCCUCGCCUGAACCGCUUUCAGCGUCCAGCCAGACCAAACUGUCUAUUCAUCAACUUCUUGGCAGUCUCUCGCACGUCUCGGACUCGCAAUCACGAAUGUCGUCGCCCGGAAGUUCGCGCUCGCCCAUGACAAGCGAGUCGCACACGGGCAAGCGCAAGUUCGACGCCGAUGCCGACUUGUCGAGCCCCUUCCUCGCCUCUUCGGCCGCCGAGAUCCAGUUGCCCUCAGACCCUCUUCGCCGCGCGAGCAUCAUCAACCUUGCCACCGCGGCUGCCGCCGCCGUCCUACAAUGUCAGGUAGGGCAGCGCCGCAUGUCGACGCUUCCAGAGCAGGACCAGAAGCGUCAGCGCGUCGAGCAGCUUGAGAUGCUCAUUGAGCAAGCACGCAAAGCAAGCGACCGCACUAAAAGCGUCGACAGCAACGGAGAGGCUGAGAACCCAUCCCACAACGUCGCCAUUGCCAAUGCCCUCGCCAACCAUCUCGGUCUCACACCUCAGCCAUCGGCACCCUCAACCCCAGCCGCUGCCACACCAGUUCCUUCUUCUCCGACCAAGGCGCCCGCCUCAGCUCUGGCCGCACCACCCACACCAACAGCGCCCAAGAGCCCAUUAUCUGCCGAGCCGGUCACUGCCGAACGCCUCGCUGCUGAUGCCGGGGAAGAGAAGGAGUCUGGCGCAGCAGCUCCUGUCCAAGAAUCUCGCAGCGAUGAGACCGAGGCCAAAGACGCGCAACGGAGCACUGCGACAGCGCCGAAGAGUGCCACUCCGACUAUCGUACUCAACAAGGGUCAAGCCGACGAGCCAUCUUUAUUCGACAAGCUGCCUGCCGAGCACCAGCGCGAGUGGCAAUCGACAGUGUCGAGCGACAAGUUCCUGGACGAGGCCAAAGAAGUCGCCACCACGUACAGCCGCUUCUAUCGCUUCGAGAAAGAAUGGGCGCAGAAGGCUCUCGAAUUGGAACGUCGCCGAAGCUCGGUACGCAUCGACCCGCUUGCGCGCCUGCCACCCGGCAACGCGCCGCUUUCCACCGAUGCUCCGAAGAGCGGGCCCACCUCGCCAAAGCAGCACUCGGCGCCCGAGUCGCGCAUCAUGUCGCGGGGGACCUCGCCAUUUGGCGACUUCUCCUCAGACUCUGCCGCUCGAACGUCGCACAGCGUGCCGAGCGGUUCGUUUUCGUCGUCGCACCGCGGCUCGUCGAGUGGCCUCGCCAACGUGCUGUCCAACUUUGCCGAGCUGAUCGAGCAUCGUCAACGCUCGUGCUCGGGACUGGAGGCGCUAGCCAAGCAGGCCAAGGAGCUGCCCGUCAAGCGACUCAGCCAGCCCAACCCGCAAUUCCGCACGACGUUUGGCGAAUUCUCGUGGUCCAAAGACUCGCAAGGCGGCGCCAAGGCUGGCUCGCAGACCAUCAAUGAAGCCGACGCGGACUCGGACGCGUCUUCACCCGCGCAAGACGACGACCCUGCUGGCAGCGGACCGGCAGCUGCGCAAUCGAUCAAGGCUGAGCCCAGCCCAGCGCGCUUGCAAGUCAAGUCGGAAAAGAAGAUCAAGGAAGAGGCGGCGAAUCCCGAGGCCGACGGCCCCGCCACGCCGCGCUCGACCAUGAGCAUCGCCAGCAUGCUCUGA